UGCAUGCUAUUUAUGCUUCAGAUUUUGAAAGUCGUUGAUUGAGAUAAAAAAUGGGAAGAGCUUGGAAUCUGGUGUUUUUCCUUUUGGUGUGGAUACAGAGUGUUGUGGGUUACCAGUUCGUGGUAGGAGGAUCAAAGGGCUGGACCUUGCCAUCACCUUCGGACAAGGAGUCAUAUAACCAGUGGGCCGGGAGAAAUCGCUUCCAAAUUGGGGACACACUCUUGUUCAAAUAUGAGAAUACGGUGGAUUCUGUUGCACAAGUGAGGCAGGAAAGCUAUAACGAGUGCAACACAUCAGACCCCAUCGCGUCCUACACGGAUGGAAACACGGUGUUCAAAUUCCCGAUUAAUGGCCCGUUUUACUUCAUAAGUGGGAACCAGAGCAGGUGCCAAUUGGAGGAGAAGCUCAUUGUGGUUGUUUUGGCUCCAUGCCAUAUGGGCAAGGGCAAAAAUUGCAAGCCUAAUUCUGCACCCUCACCCUCUUCACCUCUCCCUACUCCAUCUCCAUCUCUAUCUCCUUCUCCUCUGGGUUCAUCUCCAUCUCCCUCUCCAUCUCCAAUGGGUCUGUUUCCGUCUCCAUCUCCCUCUCCAACUCCAAUGGGUUCAUCUCCAUCUCCAUCUUCAAUGGGUCCAUUUCCAUCUCCCUCUCCAACUCCAAUGGGUUCAUCUCCAUCUCCAUCUCCCUCUCCAACAUCUCCAUCUCCAUCUCCAACUCCAAUGGGUUCGUCUCCAUCUCCUUCCCCAAUUCCUAUAGAUUCGUCUCCAUCUCCCUCUUCAUUUCCAUCUCCCUCUCCUCUCACUAGUCCAACUUCAUCUCCAUCUUCAUCCCUAUCUCCAUCUCCAUCGACCAGUCCAAUUUCAUCUCCAUCUUCAUCUUCAUCUCCAUUUCCAUCUCCUUCUCUGAACAGUCCGACCUCACCUCCAUCUACAACAGAUCCUCCUCCUCCUCCUCCUUCAGAUAGUCCAAGAGGUUCAUCUGCUCCUCCUCUAGGAGAAAAUUCCAAUUCUCCUUCUGCCUCUUCCACUAUUCUUCCUUUGUCAAAUCUCAUCAUCCCUCUUCUCUUUGCGAUUUUGAUAAAUACUAAAUUUUUUAUCAUAUAAAAAAGAGAACCCAAUAAUUGAACAUCCAUAUAUAGAAACUAUUGAUCAUUUAUGUGUGAUCUCAGCAUACAUUCAGAGCUUUAUUACAUUAUUAUUCAUUAUUAGCAAUAUGUAAGAGCACUGGUUAUGCUCACUGC